AGGACAGGACAGGACAGGACAGGACAGGACAGGACAGGACAGGACAGGACAGGACAGGACAGGACAGGACAGGACAGGAAAGGAUAGACCAUAAUGGGAACCGAGAUGCAGAGUCCUUAUGGGCUGAUUGAUGUCGUGGCACGACUCUUCACGUCAUGAAAGCCCAGACAAGCUUGGAGAGCAUGUUCUUGGCUAUUCCCGCCUGAUCCUGGGCGCUGGCCUGAUGAGGAGCUGUCGACGUGAAGAGCACUAGGGCAAUCUUGGGAGCAUGCCUUGAUACCCGCCUACUCCUCGGGUGCUGUUGAUCGUGAUGGAUAUUGGCAACUGGUCAAGAUUGUGGAACCUCGGCUUGGAGCGGAGUGACUAUCGCCUGGUUGCAGGAGAUGGUCAAAGUCUGGUUGAAGAAGUUGAAACCUUGAGAGACAAAGUGUCUCGGGUCCCAAUUAGGCACAGCCUUGCGAGGAAGGCAAAGCAUAUAUCAUCAGGGGCUUCCCACUUUGACAGGUAUGCGUGUUUGGACCUGGAGAAGUUGUCGGGUCAGACACCGGCAAAAGCUAUGGGGAGGAGCAGAGCACAUUACGAGGAAGCGAAAGCGGCGCGGACGGAUAGUGCCGGACAAGGCGAGAGGGAAAGAUGGAAGCUUUGGCCUAAAUCGCUUUGAUUAGACAAUGAUGCUCUUUCUUGAUACAUCAAUGGUUCGAUCAGGUGCUUUGGCUGGUUGUAGCUUUUAGUCAUUUUGAUGAUGGGGAACAAAUAAACAAAAAACAAUGGUCUAUUUGACUCGAGACUUGUAAAGCCACAAACCAGACAUUUAAAACUUUGGCCAUGCAUGUGCGAACGCGACAUGCUUUUUUUUACAGACACCUUUGGCAGCAAAUUAUGCACAAGAAACCAAAGAAGCGCGGGUAAACGAGAGCGGGUGUUUUGCAGGUCGACCCUUUUGUCUGUCCACAAUCCCACACCAUAGGAAAAAAAAAAAAAAAACACCCGAUCGCAUCUCGAUUGGGAUGGACCAUAAGUUACCGUGGUAGUAUCGGAUUAAUUGGCAAGAUGGGAUCCCGGCAAAAAGUGAGAAAAAGGGUCGAGAUCAGACCGAGCCCCAAAGUUUAGAGUUUUUGCCAGUGCCAUUCAGUCCCCGGAACAGAACAGACAAAUGCCUCUUCCUCUCUCUCUCUCUCUCUCCACACUGGAACGGGAUAGCGCUAAAAAAAUGCGACUGUCGUUGAAAAUAGCCCGAUACGCGUCAUGGUUUCUUUUCCCAAAAGAGGAGGGGAAAAAAGGUGGUCGUUGCUGGUCUUGGUCUAGAAUUGACUAGUACGAACCUUGAGGGCAGCAGUGGUUCCGGUGUUGGUCGAACCAGUUCGCCAGCUGCUACUCUCCUGACUGGGGUUUUUGUUUGUGCAUUUGUAACCUCAGAUUAACUACCCGUUGAUGAACGCUGGGGGGUUCAUGCACCAUCUCUGUCUGAUUUUGAGUAGAUGACAGACAGCCAGCCACGCCAAAGACAGCAAACGACAGAGCAGGCGGACAGAUGGCUACAUACUGCUUGGUUGGUAAGUACCGCAAGUCAGUCAAACUAUAUCUCGAGGCCAAUGCGUGGACGUGCACCGAGGGCAAGGAAAGCACCACGUGUCGUACAAGCAGACCAGACAGAACAAACAGAACAGUACAGAACAGUACAGUAGAGUAAAGGACAGACCAAACCAGACCAGACCAGACCAGACCAGACCA